UCUUCUUCUUCUUCUUCUUCUUCUUCUUCUUCUUCUUCUUCUUCUUCUUCUUCUUCUUCUUCUUCUUCUUCAUGCAACUAAUCCUUAACUGCUUGUAGAGGUUUCUUGCAACUGCUUCUCAAGAACAGCGGAGGAACACACAUAUGAAAGGUCUAGUUGCUGUGCUUUUGCUUGUAGGAUUGAGCACUGCACUGAAAAGAAAUGGAGAAGAAUAUAGUCUUGGGCCAUGUGAGCAGAAAGCAUGGAAUAAUGCUAGGCCUCAUAGUGUUUCAAUCUUGGAAUUUGGGGCAGUUGGAGAUGGGAAAACUUUGAACACAGUUGCAUUCCAAAAUGCUAUAUUCUAUCUCAAGUCAUUCACUGAUAAGGGUGGUGCUCAACUAUAUGUUCCUUCUGGCGAAUGGCUAACUGGAAGUUUAAACCUUAUUAGCCACCUUAGCAGCACAUUUGUACUGAACUUGACUCUAUAUAUGUUGACUCCCUUCAUUACUGUCAACUGUCAAGAGGAGGUUCAAGCUUUAUAAGGAGGCAGCUAAAACAGUGAUUUUGGUCAUUGAUGAGGAAGAUGGGAACCAACGUGAUCUUCUUUGAGUUCUCUGCAUUAGGACAGGCUAGCAGCAACAUCACGGGUAUGAUCGAUAACUCUCUCCUUACUUCAGCAUAGUGUUUUCUCAGCUAUCAAGAUAUCCAUGAGCAACAUCAGUAAUAGUAGCAAUAGUAGUAGUGGUCUUUGUUCUUGCUCUGUAUAGAGUUUUUGCGGGCUAGUUACUUUUGUAAAUAUCUAUAUACGUAAGCUAAAGGGGUCCCAUACUAGGGUGUCUCUUAUUAGUCGAGGCAUAUUAGUAUAAAUAAUGGAGUCUGUAAAUAUUUACAUGAAUAAGCAACGACGUAACCUAGUAUGAACUAUGAUGUACUAAUCUUCAGAUAUAUGUAGGAUAUUAUUAUGUUUUCUGUA